UUCCCCCAAGCCCCACUCCCAAACGAACCCUAGCCCCUCGCUCCCUACUCCCUAGGUCUCACAGCCUCGCUCUCUGCAACUCCCAUCGCCGGUGAGAGACCUCCUCCCACCACCUCGCAGCCACCGCCACCUUCCUCCCAGCGCAGACCUUCCACUGCUCCCACCCAGGACCUCCUCGCGGACAGAGCAGCCCAGCACUGCAGCACACAGCCAGCGCCCAGCGCCCAGCAGGUCGGCACCACGCUUGCAAGUCGCACCCACCACCACCCUCAGUCCCUCGCAAGCAAAUCGCACACAGGACCACCCGCUCACCCAGGACCACCCAGGACCACUCGAUAGCCUAUUGCAACAACGCUUGAGCUUCGAAACCACCGUCGCCGGCCUCGCCUUCUGCCUCCGUCGCGCAGCCACUGUCUCGACGGUGCCAGUUCUGUUCCAUCGCAUCAGCCCUUCGGUCGUGCCCUGUUCCUGUCUUGCUACUGAUCUGCUCUGCUCUGUUCUGGCAUUUAGUUCUAGGGUUGCAAAAGCUUGCCUUACUAAACUUGGAAGGGUGCCUUGUAACAGCUGCAUGCUUGGAUUCUCUUGCAGUCAUGGAGAAUGAUGGCAAAGAGUCGUAUAAGGAUGGUGAUCAGUCUGAAGAUUUAAGUGUUGAGUAUGAGUGCAGUUCCGAUGAAAGUGAUGAUAUGGUGGAUGUAAGUAUAGAUGAAGCAGAGGCAGAUAUAAUUAAUGCUGGUGGUUUGGAAAAGUUGAUAACUGAUUUGACCAUCGAAGACAUAUGGGGACUGGUGUUUGAUACAGAAUCUCAAGUUUGUGAAUUUUAUGCCAAGUAUGCCAAGUGCUAUGGAUUUGUGUCCCGAAAAGACUUGAAGACGGUGGAUGCUAAUGGCAACAUUAAUACAAGACAGUUGGUUUGCAAUAAAGCAGGAGAAAGACAUUGGAAGCACCUUAAAAGGGACAAUCGGCAAAGGGAACAUAGGGCAAUUACUCGUGUCAACUGCAGGGCGAGGAUUCGGUUCAUUCGUCACUAUAGAACGGGUAAGUGGAAAGUCAGUGUAUUUGAGAGUGAACACAAUCAUCCACUGUGUCCACCUAAGUUCAGACAUCUUAUUGCCGCGAAUCGUGGGCUUGAUGAGGCCGAUAAAACACAAGCAGACAGCUUGCGAGCAUGUGGUGUUAAAACUUGCCACAUAAUGGGUUACAUGGUUUCCCAAAAAGGUGGAUAUGAUAAAGUGGGUUUUACUAGCAAGGACUUACAAAAACACAUUAGUAAGACUAGGCGUGGCAAAGUGAAAAACGGUGAUGCAUUUGCUGCGUUGGCCUAUCUGUUUUCUAAGGCAGACAGUGAUCCGUUAUUUCUAGGAAAGUUCACCUUAAAGGAUGGUAGGUUGGAGAAUUUGGUGUGGGCUGAUGGAGAAAGCGUUGUUGAUUACGAAUGUUUUGGCGAUGUACUGGCUUUUGCACCAUACAAGAAAAAUGUAUACAACAAGCCCUUAGUCAUAUUUUCAGGGACCAACCACCAUGGCCAGACGACUAUCUUUGGAUGCGCUCUGCUCUCAGAUGAAAAGUCCGAAACUUUCAAGUGGGCACUGAAGGAAUUUUUGGAAAUCAUGUCAGGAAAACUACCCGGAGGCGUUGUGACAGACGGAGACCGUGCUAUGAGAGAGGCUAUCUUAGAAGUAUUUCCUGGUAUACCACACCGCCUUUGUGCAUGGCAUCUCCAUCGUAAUGCGGUGCAGAAUAUAAAAAACAAGCAUUUUUGGGACGAUUUUAGUGUAUUAUUGUAUGGACAGUUUACCGUACAAAUAUUUGAACAGAGAUGGAACGAGAUCAUAUCCAAAUACGGACUUGCUGAGAAUGAAUGGGUCCAGGUCAUUUAUAAUGACAGAAUGAAGUGGGCUACUGCAUAUUUGAGAGAGCACUUCUUUGGCCGCAUAAGAACUACAUCACAGUGUGAGGGAAUUCAUUCAUUAUUGAAGAACUAUGUUGACAGUAAAACCAGUCUCCUUGAAUUCAUGCAUAAAUUUAGUGAAGUACUAAGGCAUUACCGAAACAACCAUCUUACUGCUGACUUUGACACCUUUUAUAAGUUUCCUGUUUUGACUACGUGCUUGGAAAGUUUUGAGAAACAAGCUGCUGAACUUUAUACUAGAAAUAUUUUCAAACUUGUGAAAGAUGAGAUAGAAGCAGCAGGUGCUUUAAAUGUGACUGAAUGCCCAAACAGUGGAGACAUUGUUGAGUACAGCACGAGUGAGUAUUUUAAUCAACAAUGGGAAUUUAAAGUGUCUUACAAUAAAGACAAGGACCUGUUUGCGUGUGAGUGCAGGCUAUUGAGACUCGUGGACUACCGUGCUCCCCCAUUUGGGGUUUUGAAGCAUCGCAAUGCAAAAUGCGUCCCUACAUCUCUUAUCCUGAAAAGAUGGACAAGAGAUGCAAAGAGUGAUUUUAUAUGCUCAAUUGGCGAGCAAGACACCGCUGAUGACAAAGCGCCCACACUUAGACGCGGUGCAAUGGCAUCUAUUUGUUGGAAGCUUUGUGAUAUUUCUUCCAAAAAUUCAGCAGACUAUAGGGAAAUCUCAGGUGAGUUACUUAAGCUAAUUUCGAAGGUGCAAAAUAAAGGUGAUGCACAAGCGAGACUUUCCCCCACUUCAGCGCUAAUAGGUGAUCCAGCUGUUGUGAAGUCAAAAGGGGCUCCAAGAAAGGUUCCAAAAGGCCAAAAGAGGCGAAGAUGUUCGCAUUGUAAGUCAGGCAGGCAUUUCGUGAGGACAUGUCCAUUACUCGCCAAGGAGGACUCCCCCGCCGAAUACUCAAAUGCUGAAGAUGAACCAAUGGUUGAUGAAUGGGAUGCCAAUAAACAGACUCCCUCUCAGAACACAAAAUCAGUAGAAAAUACACCCGUGCACAAUAAAAAUAAUUUUAAAGGUUGUGGAAGCAAGAAGUCUGUAUCUAAAUUGACAGAGACACCGAAGAUUAGAGCAAAUGGCAAAAAAAGUCGACAAAAGACCGAAGAAAUCAGUCUAAGUGAAGAGACAUUAAAGAUAAGACCAACACAUCAGGAAUAGAAGCGACCGAA